AUGGACGCAGCAAAGCAAAUCCUGGAGUGCUUUGGGGAGGCCACGGGCCCACGCUGCAACUUCACUAAGAGAUCCAUCUCCUUGAUCCGUUGCUGUGUGGACGAGGUGCAUCUCAUUGUUCAGGCAGCGGGUUGCGCCGUCAAGGAACUGCCAAUCAUGUAUCUUGGCCUCCCCCUCUCGCUGCGUGCCCUAACCCGCACCAAGCUCCAGCCGCUUGUCGACCGAAUCGCCGCCCAGCUGCCAACGUGGAAGGCCGGCCUCCUCCGACGGGCGGGAAGGUUGACGCUUGUGAACUGCAAGCUCUCGGCGAUGCCUAUAUUGCACUUGAUGGCGCUGGAUCUCCCACCAUGGUUCUUCAAGUGCAUCGACAAGCUGAGAAGGGGCUUCUUCUGGUGCGGGAUGGAGGGCGCCAAGGGGGGGGGGAGUUGCCUUGUGGCAUGGGAGAUCGUUUGCUCCCCCAAGGCAUACCGCGGGAUGGGCGUGCUCAACCUGUGUCUUCUCAAUCAGGCCCUGCGUUUGCGUUGGCUCUGGCUGCAAAAGACGAUGCUAGACAAGCCAUGGGAUGGCCUGGAGAAAGGCUUAUCGGAUAUGGCCACGUGCCUUGGCCGUGCGUCACUACGGUGCACAACCGGGGACGGGCGCAGAGCAAGUUUAUGGCAUGACCCGUGGCUGAACCGCCGUGGCAUGGCGCAACGAGCACCCAACCUACUAAGCUUCAUUCGGCCGGCAAGGCAAAGGAUGAGUGUGGCGGAGGCCUUGUAUGACCACGUCUGGGUGGACGCGUGGGCGGUGGGCGUGCCCCUCACGGCCUGCGCGUCGGCGGGCGGCGUCGUCGCGGUCCAGGCCUCGGCGCUGCGCGUGCGCAGCAGCUCCCUCUGGUCCGACGGCGUCAACGCCACCGCCCUCGACACGGCCGGGUUCACCGUGCCGCCGCACGUCGUGCCGGCCCCGUUCACCCGCCGCGUCGACGUCGUCUUCGAGCGGUUUGUCGGCAACGCCUCGGCCACGCUCUUCGCCGCGCCGUGCGGGUACGCGCUGGCCUCCCUGGUCACCGCGCUGCUCGCGUACGACGUCUCCAUCGGGAACAACGGCAGCCGGGCCGUCUCGCUCCGGGCGCUCGGCGCGCCGGUCCGCGUGGAUUUCGGGGACCUCGCGUCUAUGGCGGCGGCGGCGAACGGGCCGCCGCCGUUAAACACCAUGGCGGCGAAGUGCGUGACCUUCACGGUGGACAGCGGGAACGCCGUGGCCACGCACGCCAUGACGUCGGCGACCGCGUGCGCGGUGACCGGCACAGGGCACUACGGCGUGGAGGUGCGGCUGCAACCGCCACCACCACCGCCAAUGCCAAUGCCACCGCCGCCGCCUCCCGCGGCAGUGCAGGAGCGGUGGUGGGCGUGGACGGUGGUGGCUGGCCUAGGCGGGGUGGUGGCGGUGAGUUUCCUGGCGGUCACCGUGGCCACCGCGGUGCGGUGGAGCAGGAGGCGCAGGAGGGAGAACAUGGAUGUGCGGGCAUUGGCCAGGGUGGAGCUGGGGAGGAUGGCGGUGCGGGGGAGCAGGUUGCCGGCAGCGAAGAUGGUGAGGACGUGUCCGGAGCUGGAAGACGGGAGCCCGCUGGCGUGGCGGCGCUAGCUCCUCCGCCGGUUGCACCGUCGCCGCCUUGUGUGAACUAGGUGCACUCUUUUUUUUCUCAGCAUCACACAUUCAGG